CAUUCAUAACAGGAACACCUCAACACAGCAAAAAAUGUGUGGCAGUCUGGAAAUCUCUUAGUGUUCUCCUACAACAGCACUUAGAAGGCUCAGAUUUAACAAUGUUCACAAACCCUGACAAUCCACUGGAGCCAAAUGAGAGAUCCAUGGACAGCCCACUCUCUUUGAGGAUAAAUAUGCCAAAUAUUCCAAAUGAUAUUAACUCACUAGAAAGUGAACAAACCAACAACACAGCCCACAUAUCAAACAGGCAAAGUGAGGAGUGCAAGUCUGACAUGAUGUCUGAGGGCCCUAAGACAUCUAACAACAUAAAUUGUGAGCUCAGUGGUAUCUUGGGGACAGACCCUGAAGUUGACAGUUCAACAGUUGUUAAUGAUUCCUGUGAAUCUACAUCAGGGAACCCCCUGGAAGGCAUGCAAGAUAAAAAAGCUAGUGAAAAAACAAAUGAGCAGGAGAGUCAAACUGAUAAUCUGGAGUCUGGCAUGAAGUGGAAUUCUGACAUGAAGUCUGAGGACCCUAAGACAGCUAACAACAUAAAUUGUGAACUCAGUGGUUUCUUGGGGACAGACCCUGAAGUUGACCGUUCAACAGUUGUUAAUGAUUCAUGUGAAUCUACAUUGGGGAACCUUGUGGAAGGCAUGCAAGAUAAAAAAGCUAGUGAAAAAACAAAUCACCAGGAGAGUCAAACUGAUAAUCUGGAGAAACUUGUUCCUUGUAGCUCUAUUUCCAUUUGGAUGGGCUUGUUGGCAGUAGCUCUCAUGUUGGUUACCAGCUUGUGCCUAAUUUCCAAAGAACAUGAGAUUAGUUAUCCUGAGCUGAGACUGAUGCUGGUGGGUAAGACUGGAGCUGGGAAGAGUGCGUCAGGAAACACAAUCCUGGGUGAAGAAGCUUUCAGAGUCGAGGCGUCUCCAGCAUCUGUGACUGCACGCUGUGAGAGAAGGAAUAAAGUUGUGGAUAGACAGAAUAUCACUGUGAUUGACACUCCUGGGGUGAUGGACACAUGGCUCACAUCAGAACAAACAGCCCACAGUGCACCUGAAUGUAUCUCCAUGAUCGUUCCUGGUCCUCAUGUGUUCCUGCUGGUGGUCAGACUGGGGAGAUUCACAGAGGAGGAGAGGAACGCUGUGAAGUGGAUUCAGGAGAACUUUGGAGAAGAAGCUGUGAAGUUCACCAUAAUACUCUUCACUGGUGGAGAUCUGCUGGAUGGAAAACCCAUUGAGAAAUUUAUCAGCAACAGUUAUGAACUUCAGAAUCUUGUAGACACCUGUGAAGGUAGAUAUCACAUUUUCAACAACAAUGACAAAAAUAACCAAAGUCAAGUUAAAGAGUUACUUGAAAAGAUAAAUCUAAUGUUAUAUGAAAAUAUGGGCUACAUUUUCACAAAAGAGGUGUACCAGAAGGUCCAGCAAAACACCAAUAAAGAAGAGGAGAGGAGGCGAAUGAGUUUAGAAAAAGACAUUAAAGUGGAGGAGGGGGUAAAGAGAGGCAUGAUGGAAAGAAUGAUCAAACAGGAAGAGGAAUUAAAGAGAGAACAGAUGGCAAGAGAGUUGAAAGAGGAGGAAAUGAUAAAAUGUAACAGCAGAGUGACUGAAAUCAGACAAGAGGAGGAACUGAAGAGAAAAUUGAUAGAAAGAAAGAUGAAAGAGGAGGAAAUCAGGAACAUUGAGACUAGGGAGGAAGAGAUCAGAAAGAAAGAGGAAAUGAAAUGGAAGCAAAGGGUAAGAGAGUUGAAAGCAGAGGAGCAAAGAAAGAUGAAUGAGAUGGCCAUUAAAUUAAGAGAUGAACAAUAUGAGAAUCAAAAACUUAGAGCAGAAUUAGAGAAAGCGCAUAAUACAAAAUUCUGGUUAUGGGUCGCACUAGUGGUCCUCACUGUGUUGAUUUUCUGUGGAAUUGGAGCAGUAGCAGCAGAACAGUCCAACAAAAAUCAAGUUAAAACAUAGUUAAAUAAACUGCAUGUAACAGAUAAACAGCUGCAAAUAUUUUUUUCUACUUACUGGUCUUUCCAUUUACUUCUGUCACAAUUACCUUUAUUCAACAAGCUGCAUAUAAACAAAUUAGUUUCAUGUUUUAUUAUUCAUUGAUGGUGUUAUCUGUACAAUCAAACAAUUAAAAUAAACUAGAUGUUGAUUUUCUGGAAA